AUAAGUUAAGUUUAUUAAUAAAUAAAUAAAAGCUCUUAUAAAUGACUCCAAGGUGGAUAAACAUCAUUUUUUUUCUGAAUAUUUUAUUUGUCAUUUUUUAUUUAUUUUUUUUUUAUAGACUUAGAAAUUUGUGUUUAAGAUCUCGUUGGAAAUUCAAACAGUCAUGGACCAAUUAAAUGAUAAAAUGAAAUCUCUUCAAGUAUCUAAAUCUGAAUGUGAAGCGAUUAAUUCUAAGGCUAUUGUUAAAUAUUCAUCUGUACUUCGGCCUGCUAAUUUUGCACAUCUGCAAUGUAAUACAGACCUUAAUUUACCACCAUCUAAUUGGUUGAGCAGUGCAGCUGAAUCAUAUGGAUUGCGUCAUGUGCCAUCUCAUUCUGAUGGGUUUUCAAGUUUUCAAAUGGCACAUAUGUUUCCUGACUGUAUAGGAGAAGUUGAUGUUAUUUCUGAUGCUGAGAAUAUUAAACGUCUGUUAAAAAUACCUUAUAGUAAUAAAUCUGUUAGUAUGAUGAUCCAUAGAAUUGAAAACACACUCCUCAUAGAUGAAUUUGAUGUUCACAAGUAUCUAUUAGUAAAAACUGAAGAUGAUUGGGAAUGGUUAAGGAAAUUCUUCUUCAAAAAUAUUUUGGAAUCAUUGGAAAUGAAGGAAAAAUGCAUUACUCACAAAAUAAACACAUUUGAUGUUAUACAACAAAGAAGUUUGAAUUCAAAGUUUUUGCAUUACAGUAUAGCAGAUUCAUCAAAUAGCAAUUGUGAUAGUCAACUUCCUAUUAAAAUUUUGCCAAAACCUAGUUCAACAUCUAUUCCACCUUUACCAGAACCUACACCAGAGGAAGAAUUUCCUGAUGAUCCAAAAACCCACAGGUUAUUCAAUCAAAAUGUGUUAUGGAACUUUGAAGACUUGCAAAUGCUUUUAGGUACAGACAUGCCAAUUUUUGGUGGUGGAACUCAUCCCUGUUUAAGUUUAAGACUUAGAGAUAUGUCUAAACCCAUUAGUGUCUUAACUGGUAUUGAUUAUUGGCUUGACAAUCUCAUGUGUAAUGUUCCUGAAGUUGUUAUGUGUUAUCAUUUGAAUGGAAUUGUACAGAAAUAUGAACUAAUUAAGACUGAAGACUUACCCUAUUUAAAUGAUUCAAAGUUUUCUCCUAAAGUUAUAAGAGAUGUCGCACAAAAUAUACUAUCUUUCUUAAAAUCAAAUGCUACUAAAGCAGGGCAUACAUAUUGGUUAUUUAAAGGAAAGUAUGAGGACGUAGUAAAAUUAUAUGACUUAACAUCAUUAUGUUCUGAGUCAUUAGUAGAGGGGAGAUGUGAAGGUCAAAAUCCAUUUACUAUUCCAGUAGCUAUGUUGUUGUAUCGAGUAGCUCGUAAUUUGAAAAAUAAUCCAGUUGAUGGUCAGCCAUCAAGUCCAGCUACCAUUCAAAUUUUGUUGAAUAAUUGUUUAAAUUUAUUAAACAAAACCAAGUAUCCUCAAAUUGUAACAUCAGUUAAUUAUAUGCUAUCUGAUCUUUAUAUUCCUGUUAACACAAAUCCAACUUCACCCAAAUUAGAAGACUUAGUAAAUAAAGAAGAAGAAAAUAAUUUGACAUCACCAGAUAUUACUGAUGAUGAAUCACCUGAUUUAAAUGAAAUGCAGCCAACAUAUUCUGUAGAUGUACGAGAUUUAUGUUUAUCCUACAAAAAGGAAAAUAAAGCUAAACAAUCUGAGCACUCUUCACAACCUGUAGUUCAAACUGUGGAAGAACGUUGUAAAAAGUCAUUAUAUCAUGUUGGUUCUGGUUUAAGUUGCUUACAAUACUUUAAGACUUUAAGACAACAAGAACAUAAUGUGAAUGUAAUGAAUGAUGAACCUUUUAUGGCUGGUACUUCAGAUGCCAUACCAAUGCCUUAUAAUUCAACUACAAUUGAAAAUAAACCAAAAAAAGAAGAUAAAGUAAUCAGUAAAACUUCUAAAAAUAAAAACCGCAAACGCAAUAAAGGAAAUUCUAUCCUUAACAAUGAUGACGACAUAGACACAUGUGAUGUUCCUGGUGCAUUGCUUUGCAAAUCAAUAUCUGAGACUAUGCCAACAUGGCAUAACCCUCCAGAUGCCAAAGAUAGUGAGUCUUGGAAGAAACAUCUUAAAGUUUUACUCUAUGAAAAAGCAUGUUUGUCUUAUGCAACACUCGCAGAGCAUGAUUUCAUAUGUGAAAAAUAUGGAUAUGCAUUAAAACAUUUUCGUUUAGUAUUUGAAUGUCGAUUGUGCAUCGUUAACACUAACGUUAAUGAACUAGUGGUAUAUUUAUUAGGAAGAUGUGGUGAUUGUUGUUUGAUGAUAGCACAGAAUUGGAAUAAAGUUAAACAAUAUACAUUAGAGUUAGAAGAAGAUGAAGAAUAUGAUAAAGAAAUUAGAAAUACAUUACAAGAUGAAUGUGCUGUUUCUACACGUGAUGAUUUUAACUUAAUUCCAAGUAUUUUUCAAUCAAAAGAAAAUAUGUUAGAUGCUGCUGCUAAAUGCUAUACACGAUCACUGGAAAUGGAAACUAAUGAUAAAAAUAAAAAUAAUCUUAAUAGACGUAUUGGAAAUGUGUAUAAUGAAAUUACUUACUGCUAUAUAAAUGAAAUUGCCAUUGCUUUACAAGAAGAAGUAGAAUUACCUUUAUCGAGGUUACAAUGGUUGUUACAUCAGUCUGAAAAUUAUUUAUCAAUGGGAAUAAACAAAUUUGAAAGUUCAGAUGACCACAUCAACCUUGCUUUGUUAUACUCAAAUAUGGGUAGAUUAUUUAGACAUGUUGCAUAUUAUUCAUCACUAUACACAAAUUCAUAUGGGGACUUAGUAAAGAAUAAAGAUUUUACUAAUCAGGCUGUAGAAAGUUAUACUAAAGCAUUAGCAGUGUUAGGUAAUCGUCGUUAUAAUCCUCAAUUAUGGGAUAUGGUUAGUUGGGAUCUAUCAACAACAGUUUAUAAUUUGGCUAUACAAUCACAAGAUGAUCCAUCUAUGUAUGAAGACAGAACAGAAGCUGAGAAGGAAGUUAUAAGUUUGUUAUUAAAAGCAUUAAAAUACUGUGAUUUAGAAAAUGACUCAUCUAGAAGGUUAUUAUAUGAAUUCCGUGCUGCAUAUAUACAUGAUCGAUUAGCAUCAUUGUAUCACAAUCGUUUAAGGUGUUUAGAAGUUGAUGCAACAAAAUUCAAAACAACUCUACAUCAAUGUACUUCUCAUUAUAAUAAAGCUUUUGAUAUGUUUAUAAAAAUGGAUCGUCCAUUAGAAUGUUUAGAAAUACUGAUUAAAACUAUUGCCUUAGAUGAACUACAGAUGGACAAUGCCACAAAUACUUCUACCAAAGUAAAAUUCAUUGUAUCUAUUUCACAAACUCUUGGAAAAUGUUGUUUUGUAUUAAAUAUGCUGCUAGAAAAUUAUGACGAACAAAAAGAUUUCAAACCAAUAAAUACUGAUGAUAUAUGUAAGAAUAAAGAAAAUAUUGAUGAUGAUAAAGACACAAAGUUAAAAACAAAAAAGUUGCUUACAUUAUUAGAAGAAAGAUUGCAACACAUUUUAAAAAAUAUGAUAAGACUAGCAAUGGGAAAAGUUUCUAAGUUAGCUAAUAAAAUAGAUGAAUUAAAAUCAAUUUAUAAUGAACUCCUGAGGAAAAGUAGUGAUGCUAAGGGCUAUCAUUAUUUACUUACAGUUAUAACUCGUAUUAAUGAAUUAAAAUUAUGAUAUUUUUUAUCCAGUAUAAUUGAUUAUAUUAAUUAUUGAUUUAUUUUACAUAAAGUAAUAAAUAUUGCAAAGUAAUAAUAUUAUAAGUUAUAAGUAUUUUAAUUAUUUUGUUAAAAUAGUGGUAUAUCAUCUGAAAUCAAAUUUACCUUCUGUUAU